AUGAUACAGCUUCUGUACGGGGUGAUCUUCGCCGAGAUGGCGCUGAUCCUGACGCUCCUGUUCAAGACGCCGCUGCGGAAGCUGGUGAUCAUGGCUUUGGAUCGGCUCAAGCGAGGCAGGGGUCCCGUCAUGGUGAAGACUGUCGCCGGGACGAUCUUCAUCGUCCUGUUGUCGAGCCUCUACAGCAUGGUUAAGAUUCAGAAUCGAUCCAUCGAGGCUGGUGCUCCCAAUCCUACCGACCAGGUUCUGAUGUCCAGGCACCUGCUUGAGGCCUCUCUUAUGGGAUUUCUGCUGUUCCUUGCACUGAUGAUCGACAGGCUGCACCACUACAUCAGGGAGCUUCGUCAGCUGAGAAAGACAAUGGAAGCUGCCAAGAAGCAGACCCGAGGCCUGGAUGACAGUAAGUUUGGCACCAACACAGAGGAGGCUAAAGCACUUGGCGAAGAGGUUGCUACUCUGCGCAGUAAGGUAAAGAAGCUCGAGGCCGAAUGUGAGGCCAAAACAAAAGCGGCGAAAGCUGCUGAAGAGGAAGCCGAGACUAUUAGGAAGCAGUCCGAAGGGUCCCGUACAGAGUAUGGUCGACUGCAAGAAGACAACCAAAGCCUUCGUAGCCAGAUUGAGUCGAUAGAAUCUGAGGGCAAGAAGGAUAUGUGA